AGCGUAAGGUUGCACCUACACAUUCACUUACAAACGCACAUAAAUUUACAUACAAGCGUAUGUGUUUUUGUGAAUGAAUGUUUUUGCAUCUUCUCUGUAACCCGAAUUUACGCACAUUCAUACGCGCGCGCGUUACAUACACACACAGGCACACAUAAAUACACACACAUACACACGCAGGCACACACAAAUAUGAGAAAAAAAGAGAGGCAGAGAUAAACAAUCAAGACAAUAACACAGUGUGUGUGUAGAGAAAGAGAAAGAGAGAGAAAAGUCUUUAUCAAUCAGGAUUUCCAAAGAAUUUGUGUAUGAGAUUGAGGAAAAAAACGAGUUUUCUCCAACUGAAGCAAUGACAUCUUAGCUAAUCUGCAAAAGAGACAGUUGUUUUUUUUGGCCUUCGUGCUAAUAUGGGGAUUCUCAGGGAACUGCUUGAUAGUUGUAAAAAACCAUCCAACUCUGAGGUCUACAGAGAAGCACGUUUGAAUGGCUGGAGUCUCCCACCACAUCCUCUACAGUUUGUGGCAUGGGGAACUUUCAUUUUCCUGGGAAUCUUUUUCUUCACCACAAUGGUUCCAGCUCUAGUUAAAGAGGUACAGCCUUAUAUGUACUGUUCAGUUGGAGUGCUCUUUACUGUCCAUUUUUUCAUCAAUGUUAUCGCCACAUCCAUAAAUCCCGCCGAUGAGAAUGUUUUGAAGCGUCUUCAAGCGGUGCCAAAAUCUUUUGAUCGGAAUCAACAUAAACACGUCAUUGAAAACCAGCAUUGUCAUAUUUGUGAAGUAGAUGUCUGUCACAAGUCCAAACACUGCAGUGAUUGUAAUAAAUGUGUUGCUGAAUUUGAUCAUCAUUGUAUUUGGCUUAAUAACUGUGUUGGAAGAAGAAAUUACAAAUGGUUCUUUAUGACUGUGUGUACAGCCUUAAGUGGUAUACUCAGCAUUUUUGUCAUCAGUCUUCUGGAAUUUAUUUCAUAUUUCCAAGACCAGGAAUCUGGCUAUAUCCUUGAACCAUAUCACAAACCGUUGAAGACCGAAAGUCCAGAAAAUACAGAACCUGUGAGCAGCUCACCUCUGACAGCUACUUCAUUAAUUGCUAUCAUAACCACACCCACCGCAACAGUUCUGCCUGUUGGCAAACCCACUUUCUCCAUCCUCACUUUCUCUGCCCCACAUGAGUACUGGUUAUUUUUGAUGGGAUUCACAGUCUUAUUGACUUUUGUUGCUGCCUUACUACUGACGCAUCUCCUGCUGUUUCAUAUAUACCUAACCUAUAAGAAUCUGACAACAUUUGAAGUCAUUCAGAAAGCAAGGCAGGAAAAAGAAGAAGAAGCUGCAUUAGAAAUGAAGAAAUCUACCGCAGCGAAGACUUCUCCAUUUGGCAAUAUUUCUAAGAAGCUAAAUAAAGUGGUGCCUGUUUCCGGGCGGAAAGGAAUCCGUUCAACUGUUCCUAGGCACCCUGGGGAUGAUGUUUCCGUUGAUAAAUUAUCAUGUAGGGAUAAAGAUUCUAAACAAGUUUCUUCAGCUAGGCUUGACAAAGACCCUGUGAAAAAGAGAAGGAAACGAAAGAAAGAUCGAAAAAUCUCACAUUCAGUAACAGAGCGGGAACUUUUUGCCAUGACUAGAGAUCGAAGAGUUGCUUCUGGUCACAGUCGUUACGAUCUACCUUUGACACCAGUUAUGAUGUUUAGGUCAGUUCCACCCAUACAGAUACCAGCUUCUGGACCAGGAACCAGCUUUCAUUCAGAAUCUGUUGAAUCUCUGCGGGAAAUUCCAACAGACAGGACUUACUCUGCUAUAUCAGCAACACAUAGUUCUCAUUACAGCAGUUCGUUCCCUUCUUCAUAUCAGGGUAGUUUUGGUAGGGUGGAUUCGGAAUCUUCCUUACUCGGACAUGUACGAUCCCAUCGCAAAAAGCGGAAACAACCCCCCACAUCCUUUAUAGUUUAUAGGCCCCAAGAUAUACCCCCUUUGAACUUGUCAACAUUACAAUCUAAUACACAGACUGCUUUAUCGUCAACAGUUUAUCAGCCUUAUAGCAGUAUUCAGCAGACAUCCACAGAUUCUCCCACCUCAUCAAAUUCUGCAAGAACAUCAAUAUAUCGUUAAACUAAGAGUCAGUUAUUUAAUUAAGGUUUAACGGAAAGUUUAUGUAUUGGUAGAAGACCAAACAUCAUUCGGAGACAAGUAUAUAUACCCAUCAUAUUUUACUUCAUUAUUAUUUAUGUAUUACUUUAUUUUUUUAUAUAUAUAGUUUUUUUCUUUUAAAUUCAAAUUCCACUUUGAUUAUUAUUAUAUUAUUAUUAUUAUUAUUAUUAUUAUUAUCAUUAUCAUUAUCAUUAUUAUUAUUAUUAUUAUUAUUUAUUUUUUUUUUAUUCAACUUGAUCGCCAUGUGAAGGUUGGGUGAACAGAAACAAAAAUUACAAUUAAUCAAAGAAUUUUUUUCAAAAAAAAAAAAAUUUAUUUUGAUAAUUUUAUUUCUCAUUUCUUAUUAUAUUUUUUUUAUUCAUUUAUUUUUUUCUUUUGUUUGCUCUUUAUUUGUUGUUUUUUCCCUUGAAUUUUAAUUUAUUAUAUUUGAAUAAUCCGUUCAGGAUUUCAUUUUGACUUGGAAAUUUACCAUUUUCUCCUGAUGCAGUUUCUACCCAAUGCACAAAACUAACACCCCCACUCACUGAAUUCUGCUCCAAAACUGAGUUGGAUUACCAGAAGAAGAAAAAAAGCUAAUUCAAUAUCGUUGUUCUAAACUGAAUUUUAGUGAGAUCUAUCCUAGACAAUUUGUCGAAACAGCUUGGUUGGAACCCAACCAGCUGCAUGCAAAUUAAGGCUGUAGAUUGCACUUCUUUUCCCCUUUCUGGUUCCAAGUCUCAAUGCAGAAUUACAUUCCAGUGUUUGAUAUUCAGUAAACACUUGGACAGCCAUAAGGCCUUCUAUGGCCCUACAUAUUAUCAUGGGUCGAUAGCUUCACUCGCGAUGUUGAAGAAACGUGUCUUUGUUCUACCGCUGCUUUUUAUGGCAGCAUGGCAAAGAUAAGGAGGUACUGAGUGGAGACAUGCACACUGACUCACCUGGCACACAUGUGGUCUGUAGUCUGUGGUCUGUGGUCAUGCUUUACUGAACUGUUGAAACCAACUGAGAGACGUGAUUUGUGGUCAAAUUUUACUGACCGUUUGUACUAGACUGAGAAAUCUGUGGUCUGUGGAUAAAAUUUACUGAUAAUGUGGCUAGUGGCUAAAGCUUACUAGCCUUACCUUAAGGGACCGAGACGCAUGUUGUUUGUGGUCUCAAACUUCAUGGAUGGCUGGACACAGAUUAAAACGCUUGUGGUCGGAAAUAAGGUCUCACUGAGAUUGAAUACGAGUGACCAAAAUGGAAAGAACAGCAUACAACAACAAUACCACUACCACCACCACCAACAACAACAACAAAAAGAUACCAAAAUAAAAAUUAAAAGAAAAAAAAACAUUUUGUUGAUCAGAAAAAAAAAAAAAGAAACACUGGAAAAUUGUAAAAAAAAGUAUAACUGUUUUUUAAUUUUUUUUUUGUUUAUAUAUUUUUUUGCCCCAUUAGUGCCUGCAAUUGAGCUGUCUAUAUGUCAGCUGACCAGGAAUUCCCUUUAAAUUCCAAGACAUCUGCAGUCUGAUACACACAGCACUGCCCCUUCCAUAGUUUGUAUGGUAAUAGUGAGAAUGCCUGCAAUUUCGGAUGUUUUUCCCAGUAUUUAGUGCUUCUCGAGGCCCAUAAGUUAUGUGGUCCCAGCAACUACAUUGCUACAGCAUUUCUUGUAUCACAGCCAGCAAACCCACAUGAAUUAAUAUAUUUCUUUAUUUCUCUCUCUCUCUAUCUGUCUCUUUCACUCUCUCUCGCUCUCUCCUCACUUUCUCAUCUUAUUCAUUCACUUAGCUUGCCAAUCGACACACACACAUACACACACACACACAAACAAAUAUUAAAAACAAUUUCAAAAAAAAAAAAAUGGAAAAUUCUGAUUGGUUUAGCUUCAUACACCCAUGCUUUAGAAUCUAAAACAGUUUUUUUUUUCUUAGAUAACCACCACUUGUUAUUCACUGCUGGCUUACUGGUUAGUUGCAGCCACCUUCUACGCAGUCAGCUCUUGUUGUUCAAUUGCCUUUCGUACAUCGAUCGUCAUCAUCGUCAACCACCGUCAUUGUUGUUGUCGCCGUCAUUGCUGCUGUUGUCAAAAAAAAAAACAUCAUUGUUGUCAACAUCAUGAUAAAGAGCAAUCUCAUCGAUCAUCACCAUCAUAAUCACCAUCAUCAACAUCA